GGGACCAGCACCCUGACCCCGUCAUGGAUGGGGGCAACGGACCCAGACUCAGAGACUUCCUGAAUGGGAGCCUGGCCACCUGGGCCUUGGGACUGGCUGCACUGGUGGGGGAGGCCGAGGAGCCAGAGGAGCGAGAGGAGGAUGAAGAGGAGACAGGAGGGGGGCCCCUGUGCCCCCCUGAGAAGAGCUUCUUGCGUCUCAGCGACGGGGCUCUGCUCCUUCGGGUGCUGGGCAUCAUCGCCCCCAGUUCCCGAGGGGGACGGCAGAUGGUCAGGGGCCGUGAGGCUUCUGCAGCCCGGCGGGUGCAGAAUCUGAACCACCUGUGGUGCCGUCUAAGGGACUUCUACCAGGAGGAGCUGGAGCUGCUGAUUCUGCUGCCACCCCCGGACCUCCAGACGCUGGGCUCGGACCCCUUCUCAGAGGAGGCCGUGGAGGCCCUGGAAGGCAUCCUGCAGCUGCUACUGGGGGCCUCAGUGCAGUGCGAGCACCGCGAGCUCUUCAUCCGGCACAUCCAGGGCCUCAGCCUGGAGGUUCAGAGCGAGCUGGCUGCCGCCAUCCAGCAGGUGACCCAGCCAGGGGCAGGUUGGGCGCUGGCGCUGGCUGGGCCAGAGCCGGGGGAACUGACCGCUGCGGAGCUGGAAAUGCUGUCCCGGAGCCUGAUGGGGUCGCUGCUGAGGCUGGCCCGGGAGCGUGACCUGGGGGCCCAGCGGCUGGCUGAACUGCUGGUGGAACGAGACUCAGCUCCCCUGUUGCCUGAAGCUCCUGCCAGGACGCCCCCUGAGGGACCCCCGAGUCAUCUGACUCUGCAGCUGGCCAAUGCCAAGGCCCAGUUGCGGCGCCUGCGGCUGGAGCUGGAGGAGAAGGCGGAGUUGCUGCUGGACUCCCAGGCGGAGGUGCAGGGCUUGGAGGCUGAGAUCCGGAGGCUGCGCCAGGAGACCCAGGCGCUGUGCGGACAGGCCAAGCGGGCCGCGCUGUACCGCGAGGAGGCCGAGGCGCUGCGGGAGCGCGCAGGCCGCCUGCCCCGUCUGCAGGAGGAGCUGAGGCGCUGUCGGGAGCGGCUGCAAGCGGCGGAGGCCUGCCAGGGCCAGCUGCAGGAGGAGCGCGUGCUCUCAGGGGCCUUGGAGGCCUCGAAGGCCCUGCUGGAGGAGCAGCUGGAGGCCGCCCAGGAGCGCUGUGCUCGGCUGCACGAGACCCAGCGUGAGAACCUGCUACUGCGGACUCGACUAGGCGAGGCCCAUGCGGAGCUGGCCUCUCUGCGGCAUCAAGUGGACCAACUGGCCGAGGAGAAUGUGGAGCUGGAGCUGGAGCUUCAGCGUGGCCUGGAGCCACCCCCGGGCUCUCCUGGGGAGGCCCCCAUGCCAGACGCUGCCCCCUCCCUGCAUGAUGAAGUAAGGGAGGCAGAGGCUGGGCGUCUGCGCACCCUGGAACUGGAGAAUCAGGAGCUCCGAGGCCUGUUACAGGUGCUGCAGGGGCAGCCCGCUGGCCAGCGCCCCCUGCUGGAGGAGCAGAGCGAGGACCCGGAGGCUUCAGAGCAGGAUGCGGCGGCCCAGCCCUGCCCGGAGGACCACCAUGCCCCCCAGGGCUUGGUGGGUCAGACUGGGGUUGAAGGCCCCCCGGUCUUGGACCUGGCUCUCCCAUCACCUGGCUCAGCUCUCGAGGGGUUCGCUGAGAGUUCCCAGGCACCUGAUUCAGACCCACAGAUGCUGGAGGAGCCCCUCCAGAGGGCUGCCAUGGCCCCCCAGGCCUCAGAUUUAACACCCCUGGAAUCAGGCCCCGCUGUGGGGACACAGGAGCACCCGCAGACAGCUGGCCAUGGACCCCAUCUCCAGACCCCUGCCUCCACGGCUCCACAGGGUCCAGAGAUCAAAAUCCAAGCCCUGGUAUUGCCAGGAGAGACAGGGGAGUCUGUGCCCGGGGCUCAGCGGCUGAGCGGGGACGGCCCUGUGCACAAGCUGGGCCCCUCGGAGCUCAGCAUCCAUGAGGAGCUGGAGGGGCAGGACACCCCCGGCCAGGGGCUGGACCUACACAAGGCACAAGCAGAGGCCAGAGGGCAUGCGCAGAGGCCAGAGGAGGUGGUCGGGGACUCAGUCCAGCAGAACCCGCAGCUGACAUCCGAAGGGGCUCCUGACACCGGGGCCUGGGAGGGGCUGGCCCCAGGGGUGGCCUGCGGGAGCCCGGUCCCAGCACAGGCACCCCUCACGGAGGAGGUGGCACAGCUGAGGAGAGAGGCCGAAGUCCUCCGCGCUGAGCUGGAGGCCCAGGCCCGGAGGCUGGAGGCCCGCGGCUCAGAGGCUGCCCGCCUCUCCGAGGACCUGGCCCAGGCGCGGAAGGCAGAGGCCGAGGCCCAGCAGGAGGCAGAGGCCCGAGCUGGGGAGCUAGCUCGGCUGAGGGAGGCGGUAGAGGCAGCUGGCCGCGAGCUGGAGGCCGCCUCCCGCGAGCGGGAGGCCUUAGCAGAGGCGCUGACCGCCUCGGGCCGAGAGCGCAGGCAGUGGGAGCGGGAGGGGCCCAGGCUGCGGGCCAGGGCCGAGCUGGCCGAGGGGCAGCUGCACGUGCUGGAGAGCGAGAGCCGCCAACGCCAGGAGGAGGUGGAGCAGGCGCGCCAGGAGGGCCGGGCCCUCAAGGAGGAGCUCGAGAAGGCCGUGCGGCAGGGCCAGGAGCUGGGCGUCCGGCUAGAGCGUCUGCAGGCAGAACUGGAACAGGCCGCUCUGGAGCGCCAGGAGUUUCUGCGGCAACAGGAGAGUCAGCAUGAGAGGUACCAGAGUCUGGAGCAGCGGUUGGAGGCUGAGCUGCGGGCAGCAGCGACCAGCAAGGAGGAGGCGCUCAGGGAACUCAAGAGUCGGGCCCUGCAGCUGGAGGAGGAGCUGCUGCAGCUACGCCAGGGCCCCUCGGGGCUUGGCCAGGAGAAGCACGCUGAGCCCAAGUCCCUGGAGGCCCAGAGCGGGAGGCUCAUCGAGGUGGAGCGCAACAAUGCAACUCUAGUGGCCGAGAAGGCGGCUCUGCAGGGGCAGUUGCAGCACCUGGAGGGGCAGCUGGGAAGCCUGCAGGGCCGCGCCCAGGAGCUGCUGCUGCAGAGUCAGCGGGCACGUCCCCGCAGUCUCCGCCUCCCUUCUGCGCCCUAGGCCGAGAAGUCCGCCCUGGAGACGCAGGGCCAGGAGCUGCACAGGAAGCUGGGGGUGCUGGAGGAGGAGGUCCAGGCAGCGCGGCGGUCCCAGGAGGAGGCCCGCGGGCAGCAGCAGGCCCUGCUGCGGGACCACGAGGCUCUGGCGCAGCUGCAGCGGCGGCAGGAGGCCGAGCUGGAGGGGCUGCUGAUCCGGCACCGCGAUCUCAAGGCCAACAUGCGGGCGCUGGAGCUGGCCCACCGGGAGCUGCAGGGCCGGCACGAGCAGCUGCAGGCGCAGAGGGCCAGCGUGGAGGCUCAGGAGCUGGCCCUGCUGGCAGAGCGGGAGCGUCUGAUGCGGGACGGGCAUCGCCAGCAGGGUCUGGAGGAGGAGCUGCGGAGGCUGCAGAGUGAGCACGAAAGAGCGCAGGUGCUGCUGGCGGAGGUGUCGCGGGAGCGAGGGGAGCUGCAGGGCGAACGUGGGGAGCUGCGGGGCCGGCUGGCACGGCUGGAGCUGGAGCGGGCACAGCUGGAGGCGCAGAGCCAGCGGCUGCGAGAGUCCAAUCAGCAGCUGGACCUGAGCGCCUGCCGGCUGACCACGCAGUGUGAGCUGUUGACCCAGCUGCGGAGCGCCCAGGAAGAGGAGAACCGCCAGCUGCUGGCCGAGGUGCAGGCCCUGAGCAGGGAGAACCGCGAGCUCUUGGAGCGCAGCCUGCAGAGCAGUGACCACCUGCACCGCGAGCAGCGGGAGCACCUGGACCAGCUCAACGCCCUGCGGCGCGAGAAGCAGAAGCUGGUGGAGAAGAUCAUGGACCAAUACCGCGUGCUGGAGCCUGGGCCCCUGCCCCGGACCAAGAAGGGCAGCUGGCUGGCAGACAAGGUGAAGAGGCUGAUGCGGCCCCGGCGGGAGGGGGGCCUCCCGGGGGCCCCACGCUUGGGGGCCGAUGGGGCUGGCAGCACCGAGAGCCUGGGCCCCCCCCCAGAGACGGAACUCUGCGAGGGCAGGGAGGCAGAUGGGACAGGGUCCCCAUCCCCGGCACCCAUGCGCCGGGCACAGAGCUCCCUCUGCCUGCGGGAUGAGACCCUGGCAGGUGGGCAGCGGCGGAAACUCAGCUCCAGACUCCCGGUGGUGCGAGGCUCUGAGUCGUUCAGCUACGGUGAUACCCCCAGGCAGAGAUUCCGGCAGCGCAGACCAGGAGGGCCUCUGGGGGCGCCCAGCUCCCACGGUGAAGGACCCGGCCUGCGAUGGGUCAGCUCUGUUGAGACCCUGCCGGAACACGAAGCAGAUGCCAGCCGAGAGGGCCUCGAGAUGCAGGAACCGGAGAAGCGUCCUCUCACCCCUUCCCUCAGCCAGUGACACCCCGUGGCCCGGGAGCUGGGGAGUGCCGUCCUCUUGCCGAUGGAGCCUCAGUGGGGGGCCCAGGCCGCCCUGGA